AUGAAUAAUUCUGAAAAUUUUAAUCUAAAUGAAGAGAAAUUAGUGUGGUGCAAUAAUAGCCCUUCUACAAUAGAGCAAAAUGAUCUAUUAUAUAGUUUAUGUAAUGUAAUUGAAAAAAAAAAUGAUGAACAAGUGUUAUUGACUGAAUGCGAAAAUGGUGACAAGGGCUGCACUUUUGUAUGUGAUUCAAAAAAUUUAUAUGAAGCAAAUAGACAACAAUUUCCAUUAGAUCAAGAUGAUAUAAUUAAAUUAAAAUAUAUAAAUGAUCCUACAGUUUUGCAUCAUUUAUAUGAAAGAUACAAAAAUGAAAUAUUUUAUACAAAAAUGGGACCAUUAUUAAUUUAUAUUAACGCAAAUAAAAAUAUAAAUGAUGAUAAUGAGAAAAUAAUUGAGAAAUACAAGUUCAAUAGAAAUAUUGAAGAAUUAGAUUUGAAUGUGUAUAAUGUAGCAAAUAUAGCUUUAAAUAAUUUAAAUAAUUUAAAAAAAAGUCAAUCUAUUAUUGUAACUGGUGAAUCAGGAUCAGGUAGAAGUGAAAUAUCAAAGAAAAUUAUAAAUUUUCUUUCAUAUACUAAGAAUAAAGAAAAGUCUUCAGCUAAUAAUAAGGAAAGCAAUGUUUCAGAAAUAUUAAAAUUAUCCAAUUAUAUUAUAGAAGCAUUUGGAAAUGCUAAAACAGAAAAAAAUAAGAACUGUAGUAGAUUUGUGAAAUUAUAUACAAUAUUUAUGAAUGAUAAAGAAGUUAGUUCCUACGAAAUUAAAAAACUUUUAUUGGAUAAAGAGCGUUUAAUAAAUAGAGGACUAAAUGAAAGUUCUUUUAAUGUAUUUUAUUAUAUCUUAAAUGGAUCAGAUGAAAUUUUUAAAAGGAAAUAUUUUUUAAAAAAUAUUGAAGAUUAUAACAUUUUAAAAAAUGAAAACGAACGUAAAAAAUCUGAUGAUGAACUUGGAUUUUCACAAUUACUGAAAUCUCUACAAUACAUAUUUGAAGAUGAAAAAGAAAUUGGCCUUAUCUUUUCUGUUCUUUCAGCAUUGUUAUUAUUAGGAAACAUUAAAGUUUUAAAAAAUUCUGAUAAGAACAUCCUUAACCCAAAUUUUAUAAUACAAAUCCCUAUAAAUUAUGAAAAAGAACAAACAAAAUUAGAGCACGAUUUUUAUAAUCAAUCAAUAGAUGAUAAUACAAAAAUAUUUCUAGUUGCAAGUAAAUUACUUAAUAUUAAUCCUGAGAUUCUUUUAAAUUAUUUUACAAAAAAUGAUAUAUGUGAUGACGUGAUACACUCAAGAGCCUACAAUGAAGCAGAAAUCAAAAAAAGAAUUGAAUGUUUUAUAAAAACAUGUUAUGAAGAAUUAUUUAAUUGGAUAAUUCUUAAAAUAAAUAGCAAAAGUAACAUAAAAAAUAUAAAAAAAAAUGAUCCAUGUAUAAAUAUACUUGAUGUAAUAUAUUUUGAAAACUUAAAAGAAAAUUCACUAAAUGAGUUGUUGAUAAAUACCACAAAUGAAGCUAUAAGAAAAAUAUAUGUCGAUUUUUUUUUUAAGAAAAGACUAAAAAUUUACAAAGAUGAAGAUAUAGAAUCAAAUAAAUUAAAUUAUAUAGAUAAUGAAAAUUUGUUUAAACUAUUAGUUUCAAGGGAAGAAUCUUUAUUCUCCUUUUUAGAAAACGCAUGCAUAGAAAAAACUUUCGAAAAAAAUAAUUUAUGUUCGUUAAUUAUGAAAAAAUUUCAUAAUAAUGAAUAUAUAAAAACAAACCCAAUGAAAAAAAAUAAUUCAUUUGUUAUUGUUCAUUCCAAUGAAGAAAUCAAUUAUAUAACUGAAAAUUUCAUAGAUAAAAAUGUUGAUAUUUUAACUUGUAAUUUUAUUGAAAUGAUUAAAAAGUCUGAUAGCACAUACAUGCAACAAUUAUGCUCUUUCUAUAACUAUGAUAAAAGCGGAAAAAUUAUGAAAGAUAAUGUAAGAUAUAAUAUAUAUUCUCAAUGUAAUUUAUCUAAAAAAGAAUACAAGUCUAAAGAUCAGAUGUUAGUUACAUUAUUAAGAAACAACUUAGUAGAAUUAAUUAAAAUAGUUGAAUUAACCUUUUGUCACUUUAUAUUGUGCAUAAAUCCAUAUGAAAAUAAAAAUAAAUUAAAUUUUGAUAAAAAACUUGUCUUAAAUCAACUUAAUAAAUUUCAUAUUUUUGAAUUAUCACAAUUAAAAAAUGGAUAUUUUCCAUAUAUAUUUUGCUUUAGAGAAUUUUUAGAAACUUUUAGAUAUUUGUGUGAAAAUAAUAAUAAAACGAUUGAUGAAAAUGAUAUGAAAAAAAUGAUUAAUAGAGAAAGCAUUGAAAAUCUGUUAAAUUCUUAUAAUAUAAGCCCAAAGGAUUGGUGCAUAGGAAAGAAUAUGAUUUUUCUAAAUGAUCAAUCUUUGAAAAUAUUAAUGUCUUAUAAUCUUUCAAAAUAUAAAAUAUCUGAAACUAUUGAUAGCAAAGAUAGUUCAUCAGAAUUAUCAAGUGAAAAAAAAAUGGCACUUGAAUUAGAAAAAGUAACAGAAAAGAAAUCAUAUUCAAAAGAAAUAAUAAGAUCAAAUAUAAAAAUGGAAAAACAGGAACAAAUUAUACAAUCCUAUAACACAAAAAUUAAUAUUGAAUAUAAUGACAGAGAUGAAAAAGAAAAGGAGCUAUUAAGUGUAUAUUCGGACAUAGUAGAUUUAAAAAAUGAAGAUACAUUAAAUGAUGAUAAAUUUUCUUUAGAUGAAUAUAAUAAAUAUAACACUUCUUAUUUUAAUAAGAAUUGUAAAAGCAAAACAAAAAAUGUUGAUUUUAAAUCUUUCAAUGAAAAAAAUAAUAUACUACUAAAUAUGGAGUCAAGAUUUAUUGAGAAAAAUGAAUCAAAUAAAAAUUCUCGUAACACCUAUGGAAUAAUGAAUUUUAUCAAUAGUGUAACUAUGUAUACCAAAAAAUUAAAUCAAAUACAUCAAGCAUUAAAAGAGUUUGAUCCUAUAAAUGACCAAUUGAAAAAAGAUAGUGUAUUUAAUUUGGGUAUGGAAAAUUUUUAUAAUGAAAAAGAUAUUUUUGAUGAUAUCAAAUCAGAAAAUCAAGAUAAGAAAAAUGAAAAUAUAAAUGAGGGUAAUAUAUAUGAAGAUGUAACAAAUAAUAGUAAGAUAAAUGCAGAUAAACUGAAUAAAGAUGAAAUAAGUGAAAGUGAGAUAAAAGUAGAUGAAAUAAAUGAAAGCAAGGAAAAUAAAGAUGAGGUAAAUGAAGAUAAAAUAAUAGAGGAUACAAUAAAUGAAAACGAAAACAAUAGUACAAAACUUGAUGAUUUAACAUAUCAAGAUGAAAAUAACACAUUUGUUGAAAAAAGUAAAUGUUCUUUUGGUGAAACAGUAGAUGAAGAUAAUAUGGAUGAAAACUUUACACUUGAUAAAACUAUAAAUUUUAAUUAUUCUGAAAGUAUAAAUUAUCCCUUAUGUUGCCAAAGUAAUUUAAUAUGCCUCAUGAAUAAUUUAGUUAAUAAUUAUAAUGAUCCAAAAGAGAUAGUUCACGAAAAUUAUUCUAUUGAGAAAAAGAUAGAUAAUGUAAAAGAAAAUGAUUCUGUGAACUGUAUCUCUAGUCUUAAAUUUAAAAAUACAAAUGAGAAACUUGAAUUAUUAGAUAGGUUAAAUGACCUAUAUAUAUAUAACUCAAAUGAAAAACAAAUCGUUAUGAAUAUUCUAAAACAAAUAAAAAAUGAUAUAGGGAAAAUACAUGGUAAUAAGUGGAAUAUAUUUCUUUGUUCAUCAGAUUGUUAUUUUAUAUCAUAUACAACUAAAGAAGAUGAAUUGAUUUUAACAAAAGAAUGCAAUAGAUUAAAGGAUAGAAUAAUGUACAGUCAAGAAUUUCAUCCCAUUAAAAAAGUUAACCAAGAAGUUUGUGAAUAUGGAAAUACUAAUGUUGUAGAAUAUUUAUCUUUACCAGAAAAUAAAAAAGUACAUGAAAUUUAUGUUUCUAAUAAUGUUGAUGAAAAAUAUCUUAAGGAUCAUUAUAAAAUACUUUGUUAUCGAUCAAGAAAAGUUAAUAAAUUCGAUUUUUUAAGUGCUAGAUCCUUUUAUAGAUCUAUAGAGUACAAAAUUUUGAGUACAAGAAAUAUAACGUAUGUAAAUACUGAUUUCUCCUAUAUGGAUGAUAAAAUGAAAUAUAACUUUAAGCAACAUGUUAUUAAUGAAUUUAUUAAUAAUCCCGACAUAAGCAUGGAAGAUCUAUCAUACAGCUUGCUAAAUUUAGCUACUUAUUUUUAUCACGAAAAAGAUGGGACAUGGUGUGUUUUUAUUUCAACAGAAAAAUCAUUUGCAGGUAUAGUUAAUAUUGUUAAAAACCGAUACUUAAGAAUGACAGUCCAAAAUAAAAAUAAAAAAUAUAAUGUUAUUUUAUUUGAAACACCCUCAUAA